GUGUGAUAUCAGCUUUAGUACCUACAACUUGUUCAAAAUGCUGAAGUUAUUUGGUUUUCUCGCUUUCGUGUCAGUGUCUUACGCAGCUGUAGCAAUAUUCCCUGCUGAGGAAAAACCAGUGGAUUUAGCUAACCAAGAAGGAUGUUAUAUUUCCAAGAUAUACCGAGUGUUGCCAUACGAUGUUAACUUUUAUCCAAAUACUGAUUGCGCAGUGUACAUUUGCAAGAGUUCAAACAAUCAAACACUAUAUGAAACUUGCGGCGUAAAAGCUAUCCGCGAUGGCUGCAGAAGAAGCGCCAUAGAUAACAGCAAACAAUACCCCGAUUGCUGUGACCAAGAAGUAUGCGAUGGCGCCACCACCGCUGCUGAUGAAGCGCAGACUGCCGCUGCUGCUUAA